AUGGCAUCGACAAUCGCGAAACACUACGCGCGCAUCGCUGGCGCCUGGCCCAAAGACGUGCUGCGACCCACUGUACAGUUUCAAGAGGCUCUGAAGACGCGGGCUGCCGCAGCCUCCGCCGCGCCCGCUGCCCAAGAGUUGAAGGACGUCAAUGCGCUCUACUCGCUGCUCGAAAACCGCUAUGCGAACAAAUACCCGGUCUCGCCGGCACUGUUGAAGCCGCGCAGCAACCCUUCGUACUACGAUGAUCUCAUGGUCGAACUUUCUCGGGCUCCGGACCGAAGCUGGUUCGAGCGCUUUACCACUAGGUGGAAGGGUUUCCUGAGGUUGAAAUAA